UGCCUGGUCAACGAUCCUCGACCCCGGAAUAAAUACAAUCAGCUUUACACGGUGGAGUACCUGGGCAACAUGGUGGGGGGCAGGAAGACGCUUUACAACAACCAGCCGGUGGAGCUAUUGAAAAAGAUGGUGGCCGCGUCCAUUCAGGAUGGAGAGGCUGUGUGGUUCGGCUGCGACGUUGGGAAAUGUUUUAAUAGCAAGCUGGGCAUCAACGAUUUGAAGAUAUAUAACCAUGAGUUGAUGUUCGGGGUGUCGGUGAAGAACAUGAAGAAGGACGAGCGGCUGAUUUUCGGGGAUUCCAUGAUGACGCACGCCAUGGUUAUCACCGCCUUCACGAAGAAAGUUACCUACUCAUGACGGACGACUGGUUCUCGGAGUUCGUGUACGAAGUGGUCGUCGACCGGAAACACGUCCCGGAGGAGGUCCUGGAAGUCUUGCAACAGGAGCCCACUUCCCUGCCCGCCUGGGAUCCCAUGGGGGCUCUGGCCCACUGAGCUGUCGCCGGAAGGAGGGGACACCCCCCUCCCCCCCUGCUCUUUCUGGGUCAACUCCCAAGCCGGCGGGAGCCCCCUCCCCAGGGCGGUCUGCAACCAAGCCAUUGGGGGGGGCGGGGGAGAAAGUUCCCAGCUAGAGGUGCUAACAUUCACACAUACGCCCCCCCCCUUUUCAAAAGGCGCCAUCCACCUCUGGAGGGGAGGGGGUUUCUCCUUGCAUCGGCAUCUCUUCAUUGUGAUACAGAGUCACCUUUCUUUUUUCUAAAAAUGGCUUUUUAAACUCAUCCUAAUGCACUCAUUUUAAAACGGGGAAGGGGUUCUUUUGGACACGCUGUACACACACGCACACACACACACACAAAGUGGGGGGGGGGGAAAUGGAGAUUUUAGU